AGCGGCCCGCCGAGAGCCGUCGCGGGGGAAGUUCGCCGGCGCCAUGGUGGAGGAAGUCCAAAAGCAUUCUGUGCACACACUUGUGUUCAGAUCUUUGAAGAGAACCCAUGAUAUGUUUGUAGCUGAUAAUGCCAAACCUAUCCCAUUAGAUGAAGAAAGUCACAAAGUAAAGAUGGCAGUCAAGCUGCGUACAGAGUACGGCUCAGUGUUACACAUGCCUACUCUUAAAGAAAACUUGAGAGAGAAAGGAGGUCCAAACACCGGGGAUCCUUACGGACACAAACAGUAUUCUGGAAAUCAAGGACAAGAACUUGAGUAUUUGAUAACUGGUACGCAUCCAUACCCACCUGGUCCCGGUGUGGCUCUGACAGCAGAUACUAAGGUCCAGAGGAUGCCUAGUGAAUCUGCAGCACAGUCCUUAGCCGUAGCACUUCCUGCUUCUCAGUCCAGGCUGGAUGCAAAUCGGACAGCUGCUGGUGUGGGUGAUAUUUACAGGCAUGCUGGAAUAUCUGAGCGUUCGCAGCCCCCUGGGAUGUCUGUGGCUAUGGUGGAAGCUGGUGGAAACAAAAAUUCUGCGCUAAUGGCAAAGAAGGCUCCAACCAUGCCCAAACCUCAGUGGCAUCCACCUUGGAAACUAUACAGAGUUAUCAGUGGUCACCUGGGGUGGGUGAGAUGUAUUGCAGUAGAACCAGGAAAUCAAUGGUUUGUUACUGGCUCUGCUGACAGAACUAUAAAGAUUUGGGACCUUGCUAGUGGCAAAUUGAAAUUGUCUUUGACGGGACACAUCAGUACUGUACGAGGAGUGAUAGUAAGUGCAAGAAGUCCGUACCUCUUUUCAUGUGGAGAAGACAAGCAAGUGAAAUGCUGGGAUCUUGAAUACAAUAAGGUUAUCAGACAUUACCAUGGUCAUCUAAGUGCUGUUUAUGGUUUAGACUUGCACCCAACAAUAGAUGUACUGGUAACAUGUAGCAGAGAUUCAACAGCACGAAUUUGGGAUGUCAGGACGAAAGCCAGUGUGCACACACUAUCAGGACACACAAAUGCGGUAGCAACAGUGAAGUGCCAAGCUGCAGAACCACAAAUUAUUACAGGCAGUCAUGAUACUACCAUACGGCUCUGGGAUUUAGUGGCAGGAAAAACUCGUGUUACUUUAACAAAUCACAAGAAAUCUGUAAGAGCAGUAGUGCUACAUCCAAGACAUUACACAUUUGCAUCUGGUUCUCCAGAUAAUAUUAAACAGUGGAAAUUCCCAGACGGAAACUUCAUUCAGAACCUCUCUGGUCACAAUGCUAUUAUCAACACACUGGCUGUAAAUUCUGAUGGUGUUCUGGUCUCCGGAGCUGAUAAUGGUACUAUGCAUCUUUGGGACUGGAGAACUGGAUACAAUUUCCAGAGAGUACAUGCAGCUGUACAGCCAGGCUCUUUGGACAGUGAAUCAGGAAUAUUUGCUUGUGUUUUUGACCAGUCAGAAAGCAGAUUGCUAACUGCUGAAGCUGAUAAAACCAUAAAAGUAUACAAAGAAGAUGAUACUGCGACUGAAGAAACUCAUCCUGUCAGCUGGAAACCAGAAAUUAUCAAGAGAAAGCGAUUUUAGUGCAGCAACGUACUUAUGCUGUAAUUUUGUUUUGGCUUUCCGGAGAGCAGUCACAUUUUGUUCUGCCUACAACGGCAGAGCAGGAAGUCAGUUAAGUCAUUGCUAUUUCAACAUGUUUUAUAAUAAAUUUUAAUUCUCUUUCCCUUUGUCUUUUUUUGGUGUGAUCCCAGCAAACCAGUUGCAGCUGUUAACUCUCUCUUUGUGGAGCAUGUAUAGUUCAUGAAAACGAUAGAUGUGCAGGUGGUUACUUUUUUAUAUUAAUCUAUUGAGUUUAAGUCUAAAAAUAUUUUAAUGAGCCAGGUUUUCUGAAAGACCCUUGCUUGACUCCAAAAGUUAAUUGCAAAUUUAUGUAUAGAAGCCAUCUACUGGAAAUUUCUCGAGUGACACUUUCAGAUUUUAGACCAGUAUUGUUUACUGUACAUAUGCUAAGUAUAUACUGUAAUGGAACAGUAUAUAUACUAAAUUAGAGUAAUAGAGUAAUCAAGAAAGAAGCAAGACAAUAUAAUAAUAAUGUAGUUUGCUUUAUAAGCACAGCCACAGAACAUUGCCAGUGCUGUGUUAUUGAAUGACAUGGAUCUUCAGAGUGUUUCUUUCCCUAGGAAAGCUUUCAUAUGCAUCUACUCAUCUUCACUCAUUUCAUUUCAGAGUGGACCUUCUAUGGCAAGGACCCCUGCAAAUCAUACUGUUCACAGUCGUAACAGGGUUAGGACCAGUUGACUUUCUUUGUAAAUCACCUGUUUGUUUUUUCUGGUUAUCCAAAGCAUGUAUGACACUAGAGUACAGUGAACUUUUAAAACUGAGCUCUAAGAUGAAAAGCUCUUAAGUCAUUCCAGCCUUAAUUUUACAUGCUGCUGUGUCCCCAUGACCUUUCAUGAAAGAAUUUAAAAUAUAUAAGAAAAAUAUUACUGGAAGAUAAUUUGUACUCCUGAAGGGACAAAUCUUUCAUAGUGUUUACCAACAGUCACAUAACAAGCAGUAAACAUGUAAGCCUCCUUGCUUGCAGCUUAUCUGUGAUGUCUGUGCUGCUCUAAAGCACUUUUCCUUCACGGGGCAUGGGGAGAAAAGUGUUAAGCCAUCGAGCAAUUCGGUUGUUGGCAACUUUGCUAGUGGUGUUAAUAGCUGCAGUGGCAAGUGUGGUGCUGGGUAGAUGCUGAGAAUUGUUCUGUGGCCACAGCAUUGAUAGUAAGCAGUUCACAAUAAUUAUUUCUAUUCUCUGCCAGUCUGACAUCUUUCAAAUCUGGUAUUUAUGUUAAAGAAAUGAUGGUUACUUGCAAUGUAACUUACAAAAAGCUAGUAAAACUAAGGGUUGUUUAUAUUAUGAGAAUUUUUGUCUUUUAUGAUGCACAGGAGGUCUUGUAUUUAUAAUUUGAAUGUUUGACAAUGUUGUUUUAAGGCAGUCUGUGCUGCAUAAAUAACUGAAUUUUGGUUGACAGCUAUCGUCUGAAACAUCUUCACAAAAAAGGGAGGAGAGUAUUUGGUAUUUACACGUUGGAUUAAACAUCUUUUAUUUGGGUGAUAAUUUGUUUUUUUCUUCAUUACAGCUGUUUUCAUUUUAACUAACAUAAGGGGAAAAAAUACAGGUUGUGGCUUAUGUGUAUUUUAUACUGCUGCUAAUGCUUCAUUGCAGAAAUCGAUGGAGCAUUGGUGUGACGCAGAAUUUUCUUGCUCACAGUGAAAUACUCUGUAGGAAACCCAAGUGGAGAGGAAUAACUUACUUGAAAAAAGGGGGUGGGUUUUUUGUUGUGGUUUGUUUUCUUGGGUUUGGGGUGUGUUUUUUUUUGAAGUGUCUAUUACUUUUGAUAAUUUGGAAUUGGGAAAGGGAAAUUAGAGGUUUUGGCUCACAGUUCUAGCACAUCUUCUCUGUACUGGCACUUUCCUUUAAAAACUGCAUUUAUUCCACUGUUUGUUGCUUUGAAGAGAGAUUAGAAGGUCUCCUGCAGAACCUGUGUUUCUUCCCUGGACUUCACCAGGAAGCUGCUAGCAUGGGGCAGUAGUUGCCAGGGCAUUCUUUUUGUGCCCUGGGUAGAGAUUUGGUUUGCAAAUUAAAGGCUGUGCACUAUUAUUUGGAAUAAUACUUCUUUUUGGCUCUAUAAUAUCCUGUCCAGUUCUAAGUGUGAUUUUUUUUUAAUUGUAUUCUUUAACAUUUUAUUUGCACAUUCAUUUCCUUCUCAGCAGCUUUUUCUUCCACUUGACAGUAAUGUGAAUAUCAUCACACAUACUUCUAUAAGUAUUAUUUAUGACACGUCAAGAUUAUCAGAUUUCAUUUAAGUGCUUCUCUAGUGCAAAGUAAGCCUAGAUAGUGAGUUGUGAUACACAUAAAUCUGAUUGUGUAGGACGUAGUGACAUUAGAUUUGUCAACGUAAGUCAUAAGAUGAAGCAAAAGAGGAGGAUCUGGUGCAUUGGAUGUAUUUUCUGUGCUUCUGGAAUGUGUCACGCUGCAAUGUCAGUUAAAGUAAUGUUGAACUGGAGUCUAAUCUUAGAAAAUUAUUGUCACUUACUGCAUAAAAUUUGAUGUUGUCUCCUGUAUAUGAUCAAACCAAACACAUUUCUACCACAAACCUUGGGUUUUGUUUUAUACUGUACAUAAUUACAGAGAAGUAAGAAAAUGUUUUUUGAUUGUAACAUAAUUCAAAAAAGUGUAACUGGUAAAAGUGAUAAAUUUUAAGAUCACUCUUUGCUGUAUACUAAAGCAUACAAUGCAGCUAGAAUACUGUCAUUUGCUGGCAGCAUGAAAGUUGUGCAGAACAGUAUCUUUUUGGCAACUUUUUGGCUUACAGAAGUAAAUCUUUAAUAGACAGUUUCUUUUUAGUCCUGUUAGGUAAGAAUUAAAGUGGUAUGCCUGGUUUAAGUGACAGCAAUUUAGCCAUCAAUAAAACCUUCAAUACAA